ACCACUACAGAUCCGCCACAUUGCUAUCACCAUCACCUCUUCUCCGGCAUUCAUGCUACAUUUGCAUGUAUAUAUGUACACACACACUACUCUCACUCAUCUACAAUACACAUUUUUCUUCAAUUCUCUAUACCCAUUACAUCCUCUGAUCAUGGGCAAGGUCAAGAUUGGAAUCAAUGGAUUUGGAAGAAUCGGCAGAUUGGUCGCCAGAGUUGCGCUUUUGAGCGAUGAUAUUGAGCUCGUUGCUGUUAAUGAUCCCUUCAUUACUACCGAGUACAUGACUUACAUGUUUAAGUAUGAUAGUGUUCAUGGGCAAUGGAAGAAGCAUGACAUUAAAAUUAAGGAUUCCAAGACUCUUUUGUUUGGAGAUAAGCCGGUCACUGUUUUCGGCAUGAGGAACCCGGAGGAGAUCCCAUGGGGUGAAGCUGGAGCCGAGUAUGUUGUUGAAUCAACCGGAGUUUUCACUGAUAAAGACAAAGCUGCAGCCCACUUGAAGGGAGGUGCAAAGAAGGUUGUUAUCUCUGCUCCAAGUGCAAAUGCUCCCAUGUUCGUAAUGGGUGUCAAUGAGAAGGAGUACAAAUCCGAUAUCACAAUCGUAUCUAAUGCUAGCUGCACUACUAACUGUCUCGCUCCACUAGCUAAGGUUAUUCAUGACAAAUUCGGCAUCGUUGAGGGACUCAUGACCACGGUUCACUCCAUAACAGCGACUCAAAAGACUGUUGAUGGUCCGUCAAUGAAGGACUGGAGGGGCGGAAGAGCUGCUUCUUUUAAUAUUAUUCCCAGCAGUACCGGGGCUGCAAAGGCUGUUGGAAAAGUUUUGCCUGCACUUAACGGGAAACUUACGGGGAUGGCCUUUCGUGUACCUACGGUUGAUGUUUCGGUGGUUGAUCUUACUGCAAGGCUCGAGAAGCCUGCUUCAUAUGACGAUAUCAAGGCUGCUAUAAAGGCUGAGGCGGAGGGAAGCAUGAAGGGAAUCCUAGGUUUCACCGAGGAUGAUGUUGUGUCCACAGACUUUAUAGGCGACUGCAGGUCAAGCAUUUUCGAUGCUAAAGCUGGCAUUGCAUUGAACAACAACUUCGUUAAGGUUGUUUCAUGGUAUGACAACGAAUGGGGUUACAGUAACCGUGUGGUCGACUUGAUUCGCCACAUGGCAAAGUCUUAAAGCUGUUAUAGCACGAGUCAGCAAGCUUGUCAUGAGCACAGUUUUGCCUACCACGUAUAGGCCGGGAUCUAUUAAUGUUGGGAAUAAUGAGAGGGAGUUUGAUGUUACAUCGUUUUGUGCCAUGUGACGUUUGAUGAGAUUCCAUUUUUUUGCGUAUUUUAUCAAGUAAACCAAUGAUUUUGUUGUUGAGAAUCCACUUUUUCGUAUUUUAUUGACCCAGAUUAACUGAACCGGACGAAUAAACAUGGUUGUGUUCAAGAGAGAGGGAGAGCGUUUAUGAAUGUAGAAGCGAUGACCUCUACCGUUUGAUGCAACUUAACAUCCUUAUGCCAUUUUGCGUUGUCUCUUGAGUUUUGAUAUU